AUGCCCAGCAUCUUUUCCUACCAGAGUGCUGAAGUCGAUUGGUGUGAGGGAAACUUCGAGCGCUCGGCGGUGAUCGCAGAGUACUACAACACCAUCAGCAAUGUGAGCUUCUUUCUCCUUGCUCCUGCCCUGCUCUACCUGAACCGGCAGUACCGGCAGCAGCGCGCCUUGCCCAUGUAUUUUGUCUCUGCCCUGCUCAUCUGUGUAGGUAUCUUCUCUACAUAUUUUCACAUGACCCUGAGUUAUGUGGGACAACUCUUGGAUGAGCUCUCCAUCCUCUGGGCACUGGCUGUGGCAUAUUCCUUUUGGUACCCAAAGGUUUACUUCCCCAGGUUCAUCAAGAGCAGGAAACAGUUCUUCUGGUUGAGUGGUGUCACCACUGUGGUCAGUACCUUGAUGUCCUUCAUCAAACCAGCCUUCAAUGCCUAUGCCCUCAACUGCAUCGCCUUCCACCUGCUGUACCUGACAUGGCGUGAGCUGAAAAAGUGCAAUGACAAAAGGGUUCACCGGAUGGCUAAAGUCAUGGUUGUGUGGUGGGUGCUGGCCAUCAGCAGCUGGCUAAGUGACAGGUGGCUCUGUGGGCUCUGGCAGGCCAUCAACUUCCCCUACUUCCACAGCUUCUGGCACGUGCUGAUAGCCAUGUCCCUCCUCUACUGCUGCCCACUGGUCAUCUACUUCGAUGUCAACUACGAGAUGCCAGCAUUCAAGCCAAAGCUAGAAUAUUGGCCUGGUGACUCUUGGCCUAUCGUGGUGCCUUAUGUCACCCUGGAGGAACCCCACAAGCAGUGUUAG